AUGGCUUCAUUACAAGACGACCCAAUUCAGUCUAUCAAACAGUUAGGUUAUUUCUAUCAAAAAGAUGCCGAGCUGGGACGGAGAGUCGAUGCAAUAUUAGCAAAGGUUGGCUACUACUUCAAAAAUAAGCCAGGUUUGACAUUCGCCAAGGUCAACACAUUUCAAAACGAGGUAUAUAAUCAACCCGCCAGAGUAGACUAUGCUAACCCUUUGAAGCAAGUUCGAGACAUUAUCGAGUCCCUCUUUGAACAAUGCUCUUUAGGUCUUUUCAAAUCGUACGGCCCAGGCGAUGACGACUACUGCAUCCUAAAUCGAUUGCACUCGGAGCUACGGGUUCUCAUCGUUAUUCUUUGGGCGAGCGAUUCUUCCGUGGCUUUUCACUCUUGCUCGCACAAGUACCUACUCAACGCCAAUAAGGCCCCGAUUGGCUUAUUAAGGAUCCCUCCUGACAAACUCGCAAUCCCCGAAAUUACAAGAGUGAAUGUGAACCUGGACAAGGGUGGAUUGAGAUCUAUCUUAGAUGGACGAGUUGGGUUUCGGAUCAUGAGCGGCCAAGCCAUUUUUCUCGGAUUUGUCGCGCCCGAUGAGCUUCAGCAUUGGGCCAAGAUGACCCUGCCCAAACUGGUUGAGCUCCAAGAAAUUGUGAGGGAGAUGCAGACACAGAGCAAUAAAAUUGGAACAAAUUUCGAAUUCAAAGAACCUAGAGACAGCAACAGAACGCAUUAA